GACGUCCAUCACCAUCCCUGACAUCAUUUGUGUGGUUGACAGCGGCCUGGCACGAGUCAAGAAACACACCAACCUCGAGGUGGUGUGGGCCAGUCAGGCCAAUCUCCUGCAACGUGCCGGGCGCGCCGGGCGCGUGCAGCAUGGUGUUUGUGUACACCUUUUUACCCGAUCUCGUUUCUACAUGUUGGCGCCCGAGCCCACACCCGAGAUGCAACGCGUGCCACUGGACGAAGCUCUGCUGAGCGUUUGCGACUUGGGUCUUGACGACUGCACAGACAUCCCGGAAGAAGAUGUUGAGGCCUACGGCCCCUGCUGCUACGUCAUGAACUUCUUGAAGCAAGCGCCGGAUCCGCCUCUCCCGAAGGAUGUUUGGAACGCCUUCAAGGAGCUACAACACGUGGGUGCAUUGGAUCGCGCAGGCUUCCUGACCCAUUUGGGUGCUCUCUUGGUGCGUUUGCCGAUGUCUCCAGGUUUGGGAAGCGCCUUUUACUUCGCCAGUCUUCUGGGGGUUCCUGAGGCUGCGAGUCAAGUGGCUGCUUCCCUCGAUGGUCGAGAGCCCUUCAGCCGCCAGAAGAACGAGGACGCCAGCAGCGCCAUGAACUUCGCCGAAGGCGCGGACAAGAAGAAGCGCUGGAGCGACGUCUUCGCCAUGGCCAAAGCGCUGGGAGAGUUUGAGAGCCAAAGCAGCCGUGACGCUCCACGUUUCUGCCGAGACAAGGGUCUCAUCUAUCCCGUGAUGCAGCAGCUUUCCAGCGCCAUGCAGCAACUGAAGAGGGUGUCUUGGGAUCUCAGCAAGGCGUGCCUCCACUGGACCCCCAGCGUGGCAUUUGCGGACGGCACUGCUGACGCCUGGGAGGGUGACACGGCCGCCUGGGAAGGAGACUGCGCUAGCUUCCCCAAGGACAGCCUGGAGGAUUCCUGGCCCAUCAUGCAGACGAUGCUCACUUUGGCCUAUAGUUGGAACAUCGGCAACCUGGAGGGCGGCCGACGGGUGAACGCCGGCUGGGCCAAGGCUGCACGACUUCAUCGGACCUCGGUGCUGGUCGACGAUGAGCCGCCGCCCUGUGCCUUGCUGACUUACGUGGAACUCACCAACAGCGGCGGACGGAUCUUGCGUGGAGGCACCACGGUGACGCCGCAGCAGUUGCUCUUCUGCGGUGGUCGUGGUGGAGCCUUCUGGCAGAACGACACCGCGGUGCUGGAGAAGUGGUUGGAGAUUGAGGCAGACUUUGAGUCCGCGGCGCUGCUGGCGGCGUUGCGAACCUGCAACAGUUUGGUCUUGCACAAGGCCGCUGAGCUCUCGCUGCAGGACUUCAGGGGGCAGUGGAUCGACUGGACCAGUCGCCAAAGUUUGCUUGAUCUGAUUGAGAAAUGGCGGCGCUGUGUGGUGCAGGUGGCCUUUCUACCUCUGCCAGAGAAGAUUUCAGUUUGGGAGAUGGACUUCAGUCGGAUCAUCCCUACACCUGCACCUGCCUCUUCCUCCGAGAAUCAGUUGGCCGUGGCGGAGCAACUGGCUUUACCACCAAUGGUUUUGCCACCGAUGCUGGCUCCGGUCGCGACAUUCGCAGCGGUGGAGGAAGCGCCGCACCACACGACACGCUGGCAGCAUCGGCCAAGGACAUCGAUGCCUCCGCAGCAGUGGCACGCCCCGCCCCAAGAGCCUCAGCAGCCUCCGUGGAUACCGUGUGGAUCCACUGGUUCUGGCGCAGUGCCCAACAUGAGCCCUGACACUCACAGGACAUCGAUGCCUCCGCAGCAGUGGCACGCCCCGCCCCAAGAGCCUCAGCAGCCUCCGUGGAUACCGUGUGGAUCCGCUGGUUCUGGCGCAGUGCCCAACAUGAGCCCUGACACCCACAGGACAUCGAUGCCUCCGCAGCAGUGGCACGCCCCGCCCCAAGAGCCUCAGCAGCCUCCGUGGAUACCGUGUGGAUCCGCUGGUUCUGGCGCAGUGCCCAACAUGAGCCCUGACACCCACAGGACAUCGAUGCCUCCGCAGCAGUGGCACGCCCCGCCCCAAGAGCCUCAGCAGCCUCCGUGGAUACCGUGUGGAUCCGCUGGUUCUGGCGCAGUGCCCAACAUGAGCCCUGACACCCACAGGACAUCGAUGCCUCCGCAGCAGUGGCACGCCCCGCCCCAAGAGCCUCAGCAACCUCCGUGGAUACCGUGUGGAUCCACUGGUUCUGGCGCAGUGCAGCCGGACCACUACAGCAACAGACCUGCUCAAUGGCACGAGACGCCUCAGCCUCAUACCAAGGUCUGCCGAAAGAAUGGACCUGGAGGCGACACCGGCAGCUCCUGGUGGGAUUGAGCAGCG